CGUCCUAUAAAAUACGGGGCGUUGACGUCAGCGGCCUCUUCCGCCGCCGCCGCCGCCAUCGUCGGCGCGCCUCGCUCCUCUUCGCUCGGAUCUGCCUGGGAGAAUCCGCCGCCAUCCGCCACCAUGGUGAACUUCACGGUAGACCAGAUCCGUGCCAUCAUGGACAAGAAGGCCAAUAUCAGGAACAUGUCUGUCAUCGCCCACGUGGACCACGGCAAGUCCACGCUGACAGAUUCACUGGUGUGCAAGGCGGGCAUUAUAGCCUCUGCGCGGGCCGGGGAGACACGCUUCACUGACACACGCAAGGAUGAGCAGGAGCGCUGCAUCACCAUCAAGUCCACCGCCAUCUCCCUCUUCUACGAGCUCUCAGAGAACGACCUGAACUUCAUUAAGCAAAGCAAGGAUGGCUCGGGCUUCCUCAUCAACCUCAUUGAUUCCCCGGGCCACGUGGACUUCUCAUCAGAGGUGACAGCGGCACUGCGUGUGACAGACGGGGCUUUGGUGGUGGUGGACUGCGUGUCAGGCGUGUGCGUGCAGACGGAGACGGUACUGCGGCAGGCCAUCGCUGAGCGGAUCAAGCCAGUGCUCAUGAUGAACAAGAUGGACCGUGCGCUGCUCGAGCUGCAGCUGGAACCCGAGGAACUCUACCAGACCUUCCAGCGCAUCGUGGAGAACGUCAAUGUCAUCAUCUCCACCUAUGGCGAGGGCGAGAGUGGGCCCAUGGGCAACAUCAUGAUUGACCCUGUUCUCGGUACAGUGGGCUUUGGCUCUGGCCUGCAUGGCUGGGCCUUCACCCUGAAGCAGUUUGCUGAGAUGUAUGUAGCCAAGUUUGCUGCCAAGGGCGAAGGUCAGUUGGGGCCUGCUGAGCGUGCCAAGAAAGUAGAGGACAUGAUGAAGAAGCUGUGGGGUGACCGGUACUUUGACCCAGCCAACGGCAAGUUCAGCAAGUCGCCCACUAGCCCUGACGGGAAGAAGCUGCCCCGCACCUUCUGCCAGCUUAUCCUUGACCCAGUCUUCAAGGUAUUUGAUGCCAUCAUGAACUUCAAGAAAGAGGAGACUGCCAAGUUGAUCGAGAAGCUGGACAUCAAACUGGACAGUGAGGAUAAGGACAAGGAGGGCAAGCCCCUGCUGAAGGCUGUGAUGCGCCGCUGGCUGCCUGCUGGAGAUGCACUGCUGCAGAUGAUAACUAUCCACCUGCCAUCACCUGUCACUGCCCAGAAGUACCGCUGCGAGCUGCUCUAUGAGGGGCCUCCGGAUGAUGAGGCUGCCAUGGGUAUUAAAAGCUGUGAUCCCAAGGGACCCCUCAUGAUGUACAUUUCAAAGAUGGUGCCCACCUCUGACAAAGGCCGGUUCUAUGCCUUUGGGCGUGUAUUCUCGGGCCAGGUGUCAACUGGCCUGAAGGUGCGGAUUAUGGGCCCCAACUACACCCCAGGCAAGAAGGAGGACCUGUAUCUAAAGCCCAUCCAGAGAACCAUCUUAAUGAUGGGCCGCUACGUGGAGCCCAUUGAAGAUGUGCCCUGUGGGAACAUUGUUGGCCUGGUGGGUGUGGACCAGUUCCUGGUGAAGACUGGAACCAUCACCACGUUCGAGCAUGCCCAUAACAUGCGUGUGAUGAAGUUCAGUGUCAGUCCCGUGGUCCGAGUGGCCGUGGAGGCUAAGAACCCAGCCGACCUGCCCAAGCUGGUGGAGGGUCUGAAGCGGCUGGCCAAGUCUGACCCCAUGGUGCAGUGCAUCAUUGAGGAGUCUGGGGAGCACAUCAUCGCUGGUGCUGGGGAGCUGCACUUGGAGAUCUGCCUCAAGGACCUGGAGGAGGACCAUGCUUGCAUCCCUAUCAAGAAAUCAGACCCGGUGGUCUCAUACCGCGAGACAGUGAGUGAGGAGUCCAAUGUGCUGUGUCUGUCGAAGUCACCCAACAAGCACAACCGGCUGUACAUGAAGGCUCGACCCUUCCCAGAUGGCCUGGCUGAGGACAUUGACAAGGGCGAGGUGUCUGCACGCCAGGAGCUCAAGCAGCGGGCACGCUACUUGGCUGAGAAGUACGAGUGGGACGUGGCCGAGGCCCGCAAGAUCUGGUGCUUUGGGCCUGAUGGCACUGGUCCCAACAUCCUCACAGACAUCACCAAGGGUGUGCAGUACCUCAAUGAAAUCAAGGACAGUGUGGUAGCUGGCUUCCAGUGGGCCACCAAGGAGGGUGCUCUGUGUGAGGAGAACAUGCGAGGUGUGCGCUUCGAUGUGCAUGAUGUGACCCUUCAUGCGGACGCCAUCCACCGUGGGGGUGGCCAGAUCAUCCCCACAGCUCGGCGCUGCCUCUAUGCCAGUGUGCUGACUGCGCAGCCGCGCCUCAUGGAGCCCAUCUACCUAGUGGAGAUCCAGUGUCCUGAGCAGGUGGUUGGGGGCAUCUACGGGGUCCUAAACAGGAAACGGGGCCAUGUAUUUGAGGAGUCCCAGGUGGCCGGCACCCCCAUGUUCGUUGUCAAGGCCUAUCUGCCUGUCAACGAGUCCUUUGGCUUCACAGCUGACUUGCGCUCCAACACGGGCGGCCAGGCCUUCCCGCAGUGCGUAUUUGACCACUGGCAGAUCCUGCCUGGUGACCCCUUUGACAACAGCAGCCGCCCCAGCCAGGUGGUGGCUGAGACCCGCAAGCGCAAGGGCCUGAAGGAGGGCAUUCCAGCCCUGGACAACUUCUUGGACAAAUUAUAGAUGCCUGUGCCACCCAGCAGGACGCAGCUGGCUCCCACACCGGCUCCACCACAAUACGCCCACCUGCGUCCCAGCCCCUCGGACUGUCCCACGGGCUACCUGGCUGCCUGUGCCAUCGUCUUGUGCCAUGGCCCAGCGCCAACACUUAAUGCGUUUCUAUUUAUUUUGGGGUUCCAAGGCAGUGGACACCCUUUGCAGGGACUGGCGGCCAAUGGUGUGGGACGCGGGCGGGACCCCUGGGCUUGUCAUUUUCUUGAGGGAAACUGCAGAUGUCAGAUUCUAAAAUAAACGCAUUAAGAGGCUUGUGUGGGUACCUGGCCCCAAGUGGCUUUCCCGUCAGUGCCAUCAAAAUAAAUUGGAUCUGGUGGUAACUUA